GAACUGGCCAUGAUAAUGGAUCGGCUGUACGGCGGGGUAUGCUACGCCGGUAUUGACACCGACCCGGAGCUGAAGUACCCCAAAGGAGCAGGUCGCGUGGCCUUCGCCAGCCAGCAGAGUUACAUUGCCGCCAUCAGUGCUCGUUUUGUGCAGCUUCAGCAUGGCGACAUUGACAAGAGGGUUGAGGUAAAGCCAUACGUGCUUGAUGAUCAGAUGUGUGAUGAAUGCCAGGGCACCCGGUGCGGGGGAAAGUUUGCGCCUUUCUUCUGCGCCAACGUGACCUGCCUACAAUACUACUGUGAGUUCUGCUGGGCCACCAUCCACUCUCGUCCAGGCAGGGAGUUCCAUAAGCCGCUAGUCAAGGAAGGGGGAGAUAGACCACGCUCGUUCCCUUUCCGUUGGUAGACAGACCCCGACCCCUUCCCCUCGCCCCCAUCCCAGCCUGAGAGCAUCCUUAUGGGCGAGGGAGUGUUCACAUCUACUGCAGAUUACGUGAUAAAAGGAUGAUGAUAUGAAUGGAUCCGACAGACCUUUUAAAGUCAAGUGUAGUUCCAUGUGGUAGACUAGUUCAGAUGAAUCUUGUCUGCCAUCUUUUGUUUUUCGGUUUAAAUCAACAAAAAAUAGUGUUUUUGAUGAGGCAUUUGUGUGAUGUGAUUUUCAGUUACCUUAUUUUCCCCCUUUUUUUUUCUUCAAUUUUUGAUUGACUUAAAUUUUUGGACAGUGAUACAACUAGUGUGGCAUAAUUGACGUAGUGCCCCUACGGUAUUGAUGUUGAUGUUUUGUGGUGUGUUUGUUCUUUCAACUUUACCAUAGCCAGGUAUAUGAUUCCUCCUAACAUGUCACACCAAUCUCGUGUAUUUUGCUGAUGAAAUUAUUAUGUGAAAUACCUUGUGAAGAAGAAAUAUUGCUCAAAUGAGCUAUCAAGAGAAGUCAAGGUUUUUGUUUUCUCCAUUAUUUAAUUUCCCUUUUAUAUAGGAAUGGAUUCUUGCCAUAUUUGUGCAAAGGAGACAUCUAAUAUAUGACAGAUUUUAUUUUUUCAAUAAAGAAGUUGCACACAUUCUUUUUUUUACGUGGACCUUAUGGAGCAUUGGGCAGUUUUCAAAGUUUUUCUUAGACUUAAAGAGCAAAGAAAAAAUAAAGCAUUCUUUGCUUUCAAAAAACUAAUUCAUUUGAGACCAGGAAUGAUCUGUAUUUCCUGAAUCAAAAUAGAUUGAACGUUAAUGCCAAAGCUUCUAUUUAAAUAUUAUUUCAGUGCAAUUUGUGUAAUCACAGUACACACCAGAACAGAGAGAAUGCCAUUUUCAUUAUUUUCGUAUUUUAUGUAUUCUUUAUAUAUAUAUAUUUCAAAAAUUAUUUUGGAAAAAAAGUUUAUAAAACAGUCGCUGGUUCAGUGAUUAAAAAAAUAUUAAAGAGGAGAUGAAGUGAUUAGAAAUAUGCUUAUUGUGUCAGGGAUUGAUGAAUUUUGUUUUGGAAAUGGGAUGGUGUGUCGGUAAUCACAUUGAUUUGUUGAGAGUACGUUAGAUAGGAGAAAAAAAGUGAGUAUUUGUGUGCACAGUAUAUUCUAUAUCAGAUUGAAAAGGUAUAUAUUCACUGUAGAAUCUAAUCAUUCUCUCAUACACUGCUGCUCAUACACAUCUUUGUUAUAUUCAUGUAUUAAUGUGUCCGUGUGUGUAUGUAUAGUCAACAUAUUAUCAACAUUCUUCGGAAGAAAAAAACACAGAGUAUUUCCAGAGAGGGAGCUAUAAUGAGUGGUGAUUUCUUUCAAAGGGACCUGAUCUUAGUGGCAUAGUGGUUAGAUAGAUUAUCUUGUAACCUUUCAGAGUAUUUUUCGAAUUCACAAGUUAUUUAGUCCAUUGUGCAAUGUUUUUCUUUAUUUUUUGUUACAGCAUACAUUAGAAUACAGAUAAAUUGAGAAAAGAUUUGCUGCAUCGAAAACAAGAUGAAAUGAUCUCUGAAAUACAGAAAGCAAAGUGGUUAUUAGAAAUAAAAAAAACAGAAGUAUGAAAAAGAAGAAGAAAAUAUAGCAAAAGUGACUGAAUAUUGUCCUUUCCUAAUAUUUAUCUUAUCAAUAUUUGAUGCUCAUCGCCAAGAUGAUAAGUCAUAAUAGCGCUGUCAUUUACAUUACUAAAGUAAUUGAUAUACAUGUACUGCAUGAAGUGAAACAAAUGAUAUGGGAGCCAUGUAGAUUUCAAUGUUCUGUCAAUGUGUGACGAAAGCAAAGAUAUUAACAAGGUAAUUGUUUGGUAUGUGUUUUUGGAGUGUUUCUACAUGUAAUUGUUCUUAGGCAUAAUAAUAAAUAAAACAGGUGAAGUGUAUGUGUACAGGUACGUGUUCACUGUGUGUUGUACAUGAUAGCACCCUUCCCUGUAAUAUGUGUGAGUAAUUGCAGGAAAGUAUAAUCAAACAGUUCAAAAUGUGACACAAUAUCACUUCAUAUAUUUGUGACAAACUUGUAGAUUGGUGGAAUGAACGUUGGGCAUUGUUAGUGAACAUUUAUGCGAUAUUCCCUCAAUAUCUUUACCACUGUAACUUGUAUUCACGUCUUUGUGAAUGAUUUUCUUGGUUUUACAGUCAAAAUCAAGGUUUAGUAUUUAUCAGCUGUGAGACAAAUAUUUAUUUACAAAAGAGGGCAUACAUGUGUCUCAGUAUGGGGUUGUCUCUGCCCGAUAUUAAUGUAGAAUAUUGGACAUGCAUUAUUGAAUUUAAUAAUACAAAUUUGAUUUUCUAUGUGAUUACAGCUUUGACAUUUCAUUGCAAUAGAUUUGUCAAUUGUUACUUUUGUGUGAUUUGCAGAUAUUGCAGCCUUUUAUUUUUUCUAGUUAUUGUAUUUAAUGCCACGUUUUGGCGACAGAUUGCAAAUGAAUAGAUGUCAUUUUGAAGUUUUUGUAGAACAAUAUUUUUAUUGAAUUUAUGUGAUAAUUGUAUGUGUGCAUGAGUGUUUGAAUGUAGUGAGGAGAAAAAUAAAAAAAUACUUUCAGCUUUUGCUUUUUAUAUAAAUAUUUCUUAGCAUAUAUUCUCAUGGAACAAAUGUAUUUCAUAUAUAUGUUUGAAUCUAUACCUAUUUUUCUUGGUACAGUAUUUUAGUAUCCGUUUACAAUUGCUACAAUAUAUUUGUCUCUCUUAACUUUUAUACAGAACCAGUAAUUUCUUAAUAAUUUAGACUAUAACAUUUGGUACACAUUUUGCAAAUGCUUUAGUAUUACAUUUUUGAAGAAAAAAUCCUUUCACACUGAAAUUUAUAUAUAUGCAUGUAUUUUGAUUAUUUAUAUAACAUUAUCGAUUUGCAAAGUGAAGUGAUUCAGAGUUUGUAAUUUUUUAUUUUUCUUUAAUGGUAU